GUCAUGAAUGACCCGCCCUCAGAGCCGCCAUUUUUAAAACCAUUUUGUUUAUGUUGCUUAGAGACUUUGUAACGGGAUAAAUAUUAUAGACGGUUCUUUAAGUAAAUCCUGCUGUAAUGUGAUCGUGCUUCCUAUUGGCACUGAGUUUAAACUAUUUGCAGCAGAGCUAGAGAGAAUUGCUGUGGGAGAGUCGGUUCUGAGUCGGUUCUGAGAGAACUUCUGUAGGAAAUAAAUUGUAAUAUCAUCCACAUUCUGAGUGUUUGUGUUGUUGAACUGUGGGUCGGACCGGGCCGGAUUAGACCGAAGGUCACAACUUUACUACAGACGGCUGACAGGAUUAAAAGAUGGAGAAGUGGACUGAUGAAGAUGUACAGGCUCUGCUGAACAUCUACGCAGAGGAAAACAUUCAGAAAGAGUUCGAGUCUUCGGCCCGGAACGCGAAAGUGUACCAGAAGAUUUCAGCUCGUCUGGAUGAGCUGGGGAUCAGACACAGUGCACAGCGCUGCAGGGAGAAGAUCAAGAAGAUGAAGCAGGAUUAUAAAAAGAUUAAAGAUCAUAACCUUGUCAACGGAUCCAGCCGCCGCUCUGGGAAGUGGUUUGAGCGUCUGGACGCGAUCCUGGGACACCGGGGACAGGAGACGGACUGUGGGCACACAAAGGGCUGUGAGGACACAAGGGGCCAUGGGGACACAAGGGACUGUAGGGACACAAGGGGCCGUGGGGACACAAGCGGCUGUGUGGACACAAGGGGCUGUGGGGACACAAAGGACUGUGUGUCUGUGCUGCUGGAGCCGCUCACUGAGGAGGAAGAGGAGGAGGAAGAGGAGACGGUGUCCUUUACUGAGGAUGAUCAGUACUCACAGCUCAGCUUCGCUUCCCCUGCGGCCCACAGCAGACCCACCUGCCCCCCACCCACUGAACCACGUCCCCCAGGUCCACGUGCAGGGAAAAGGAAGCGUGAUGGAGACGUGCUGAAGGUGAUGAGGCAGCUGGAGGAGGAGCAGAUGGAGGCUCUGAGGCAGGAUUACGAGCAGAGAGAACGUCACUUCCAGCUGCUGCUGCAGCACAUUAAAGAGGAGAUCACUGUGAGGCAGGAGGAAGCGGCUCGGGCCAGACGGCAGCAGGGGGAGUUUCAGCAGGGGGUCCUGACGCUCCUCACUCAGCUGGUUCACGUCCUCGCUGGCAGAAACGUCCCGUCGUCCUCGUCCCCGCCCCUCGACUAACUCCGCUCUUCCUCUCCGCUCCUCCUCAUCUGUCUGCUUUCUGAUUGGCACCUGACCUUUAAUCGCACUUUAUAUGUAACUCUGUCUUUACUCUUGUGAUCUUCUGUUCACUUCAUUCUGUUAUUGUGAUCUAUUCUAAUUAAACUGACUUUAAUCCUCCA